CAGCUUAUGCUGACUGUGUUAAGUGCUACCAGCCUCAACGACGUACGGAGAUAGAAGCAACCAGACACAACGAGGUGCGGAGAUAGAAGCUGGUGAAACAUGGCCUCUGGAUGCGGGACUUUGCUACUAGUGUGGGCUCUUCUCCUCUUCUAUGGAGUUACUAAUACAUCCUCGUCUUCUUCACCCGUGAUGACCAAGUACGGACAGGUCCGGGGAAUCACGGUAACCCCCGCUAGAGAUCUCAAGCCGGUGAUACAGUACUUGGGGAUCCCGUUCGCUCUCCCUCCGAAGGGGAGCCUGCGCUUUCGCCCACCGCAGCCGCCCAAGCCUUGGACCAACGUGCGGAACUGUACCACGUUCGCCCCCGUCUGUCCGCAGAUGAUCAACGAUACCGAGAACUGGCUGAAGCAGGGGGCGUCCGUGCAGCGAAUGCGGCUUGCCAUGCUGCCAUUCCUGAAGCUGAUGGAUGAAGACUGCCUGUACCUUAAUGUGUACAAAAGAGCGGAUUUAGUUGGUGCCAAACCGAAGGCGGCCGUCAUGGUAUUCAUCCAUCCGGGGUAUUUUGAAGAAGGUGCGGGAAGCAUGUACGACGGAAGCGCCAUCGCAAGCUGGGGAGAGGUCAUUGUCGUGACCUUCAACUAUCGCCUUGGCCUGCUUGGAUUCCUUAGUACGGGUGAAGACAAUGCCCCGGGGAAUUAUGGGCUUCUUGACCAGAUCGCCGCCUUGAAGUGGGUUCAGCAGAACAUCGUCAACUUUGGAGGAGACCCAAACAACAUCACGGUGUUCGGAGCAGAGGCAGGCGGAGCCAGCAUCAACCUGCUAGCAUUGUCCCCCAAGGCAAAAGGUCUCUUCAGACGGGUGAUUAUCCAGAGUGGCUCGGCGCUGACGACUUGGGCUCUGACCUCCGAACCCUGGCGUUCCGCCAUCACCGUCGCCCACAAGAUGGGAUGCUGCCUCAGCAACCUCACCCAGAUGAUGGACUGUCUCCGACGCAUCGACGUCGACAUCCUCACCGGAAGCGUCGUGCGUCGCCCUCCCUACUUCUCCAUGUUCGGCCCGAGGUAUUUCUCGUUGUUCGGUCCGGUGAUCGACGGCAUCGUCGUAACAGACAAUCCGAAGAUGCUGAUGGCAUCCAACGAUAAAGACAAGUACACCCCCUUCAAGAGUUAUGACCACCUAAUAGGAGUGAACGAAGACGAAGGAUUCGGAUACAUCGAGACAUUUCCUGGGGUAGACUAUUACGGUAUAGGGAGGGAAGGGUUCACGUUUAUUAUAAAUGAUUUUGUCAACAAGGUGUACCCGGACCGAGAAAACGAGAUAGAAGACGCCAUUCAGUUCAUCUAUACGAACUGGGGACAGAGUGAGAGCAACGAAACGCGAAGGACUGGCAUGGUACGAAUGUUUACGGAGCAGCAAAUCGGCAUGCCUGUCGUAAGUGUCGCAAAUCUUCAUUCUUCAGGAAAAACGACGUCGGGGACGUACUUUUAUACCUUUAACCACCGCUUGACGUACGGACGUAACCCACCCUGGGUAGGUGCGGCACAGCAGGAAGAGUUACCGUUUGUUUUCGGCGCACCCAACAUUGGUGGAGGGGUCUUCGGUAACAUGAAUUACUCCAGAGCUGAAUCCAUGCUGAGCUUGGCCAUCAUUACGUACUGGUCCAACUUUGCCAAGUCAGGAGAUCCCAACACACCUAUUCCACAAAAGACCUGGUUCGCGCAUGAAAGACCGAACCGGUUUGAGAACAUCAAGUGGCCCCAGUAUGAUGCCGACAAGCAGGGGUUUAUCUACCUGGGGAUGAAGCCGAGAGUCAAACAGGUAACAACACUAGACGCUCGUCUUGAAUGUUUGAUUCAAUGA